AUGAGCUCCGCCAUGUCAUGACGACAUGCGACGGCAAUGGCGAUUUUGAUUUUGCGAUUAAGGCUCGAGGGGUUGUUGAGGUUUUUAGGGUCAGAAUGGAUCGGAAUGAGGAGAUCUCUCCUCCUAUUGGUAUUAUUAUGGGGUAUCGAGGUUUUUUCGCGAAUCAAGGGAUUGAUGCGAUCUACGUCUACGUAACGGAAAUAGAUGGUCGCAUAGGGGUAAAAUCGGAGAGGAUCUCUGGAUCUGGGUUGUUUUAGGAAGAAAGGAGGAGGUUUUUUCAUUUUUCUACAUGAUUGACGCAGGAUUUGGGAUCCCUCUGAUCUUGAUGUCUCAGGUCAAAGAGAAAAUACGCAAAGUCAUUGGAUCACUAAAUCAGGAGAGAAGAAGGCGGAGGUUGUUAGGUCGGGGCUAAGGAUCUCGAUCCCCCGGUUUGACAACUCGGAGAUCAUUGCGCGAUAUGCACGAACCCUCAUCGGAAGGUGUAUGAACCCUCCAAAACAAGACAUGAAAGUUCUCUUGUUUGUGUUUCCGAGGAUUUGGAACAUGGAGGGCCGUGUGGUGGGUACGGAUCUUGGUCUGGGGAGGUUCCAGCUCGAGGAGGAUAUCACGGAGGUCCUUAAGAUGGUGCCUUAUCACUUUGAUUUCUGGAUGGUGUCUUUAGUGAGGUGGAAGCCGGUUUUAGAACCAAAUUAUCCCACUAAGAUCACGUUUUGGGUGUGAGUCUUAGAUAUCCCUCUUCAGUUCAGGGCAGCUCAGAUCUUCCAGAGCGUGGGGGAAGCAAUUGGCCAGGUCCAGGGCCAGGUUGAUAUCGUGGAGGGACGGGUUCGGGUGGAGAUAGAUGGAUUUAAACCUUUGGUGUUCUCAAUGGACAUUGAGUUUGAGGAAGGUGUGGAAAUCAAGGUGGCUCUCAGAUAUGAAAAGCUUUAUGGGUUUUGCACUGAAUGUUUCUGCUUGACUCAUGAAUGCUCUCGUUGCCCGAGGUUACACAAGGAGGAGCUUUUGGGUGUAGCUGGGGGAGGACCGGGUAGUGAUGGGGCUCAGGCAACAAGCUAUAAGGCGGUGGUGGCCCACGGUAGCAGUCAGAGCGGUGAACGUAGAGCGUAUCAGCAAACUCGGUCGCAGAACAACAGAGUGGGUGAUAAGGGCAAAGGCAUUGCGUAUGAGAAGCAAGGUAGUUCCAAGCAGGACGGGUCUUUUCAUCCUUACAAAGGCAAGCACACUAGAGGCUAUGGUGAUGGUUCCUCAAUGAAUGGCAGGGACUCGGGAUAUGGAGAAAGGAGACGUGGUAUGCAGUCUCGUGGUACUAAGCCUAGGGGAGUGGUUAUUCGGGGUCAGCAUCUUGCUACUGUUGCUGAAGGGGAACAACAGCUACCAGAUCCCUCCAAGCUUAUGCUCGAUGCCUUUAAAGGGGCUGGAAAGUCUUCAGAAGAGGAAGCUCCAAUAGGGGUGGAGGCGGAAGGAAGUGGUGGACAUAACAAAGCACGUAAGGCGCUUAUGUUUGAAGAAUCUAGUUCUGUUGGGCAUGAUCUUGUGUCGACAGGAGAGGGAGUGGAGCUUGCUGGAUCUCUGGCUUUGAAGAUGCAGAGCGAGGGUGAUGAUGCCGCGCAGAAGCUUGAUGAGAGGGCAUUGCAUACACAGGCUUUGGAUGAUGCUAAUAUGAUGUUAGAGGGCGAGCUUCUCUCCGACUCGGAGCUUCUGCUAGAGGAGGGAGAGGAGUUAGAGGAUUGGGAGCAUGGGGAGCUCACUGAUGUUAUGGAAGAGGAAGAUCAGGUUGUUGAAGAAUUAGAGGGGGGAGAUCAUGUUGGUAUGGAGGCUAAUGCUGGCGAGACGGAUGUGGUUGAUGAAGGAAAGGCUCCAUUGAAGAAAGGUGCUAAGGUGGGGAUUGGGGGAACCUCCAAGAAGCGAUUAGGACCAGGGUUUGUCUCUCCACGUAAGAAGCUCCUGGCUAAGGUGGCAGCUAAGGCUGGAGAUAAAGGCGCGAAGAGGGCCGCUAGUAAGUCAUAGAGCUUAACGGAGUAAAGGGGUUUGCAGGCCACGUUUUGUUUUUUUGGUUUUGAAUAAUGUCGGAUUCUGAUAUGAAAUCCUUUGAAGUUGGGUGUUGGUUUAGUACUUUGUCUUGCUUCUUGGCUUGUCCUCUGGGUGUUACGAGGGUUUUGUUUUCCUGUGUUGAUUUUGUACCGCUCUUGGUUUGGGUGGAGUAUUAUAAGAAUAAAUGGUUGGUCUGGUUA